GCAUUUCAAGAUUCAAGUGAAGUCAGUUCGCUAAAGACAACUGCUUGGUUUAUUUAUAUAUUUUGGUUCCGUAGAUAUUAAUUUUUUCCAAAAUAAUAAAAUUUAGUUAGAUAGUGCAGUAAAUAAUAUAUUUUGCUUUACAAACAAACACAAAUUCAUAAAAUGGAAGAUAUAUUUCAUUGGUGUCGAGAAGGAAAUUCAAUACAAGUGCGUCUCUGGCUGGACGAUACAGAACACGAUUUAAAUUUAGGCGAUGAUCACGGUUUCAGCCCCUUACAUUGGUGUGCCAAAGAAGGACACACAAAACUUGUGGAGACACUUUUGCAAAGAGGAGUGCGGGUCAAUGCUACGAAUAUGGGUGACGACAUACCACUCCACUUAGCAGCAGCGCAUGGGCACCGUGACAUUGUGCAAAUGUUGUUAAGAGAACGAGCCGAUGUGAAUGCCGUGAAUGAACAUGGCAAUACGCCACUGCAUUAUGCUUGCUUUUGGGGAUAUGAAAUGCUCUGCGAAGACUUGGUAAAUGCUGGAGCUUUAGUGACAAUUGCAAAUAAAGAUGGUGAUACGCCUCUGGAAAAGGCUAGAGUUAGUCUCGGUAGACGCUUACAGGACAUGGCAGAACGAUCUGGACAAGAAAUGAAGAAAAUAAGCUUCAAAGAGCAGAGUUGGUUAGGAAUGAAGACGCGUUCACGUGAUGCAACUCUGUCACGUUUUAAGGGUAUACAUAUUGGUGAUUUGGAUUUGCAUACAAAAGUGGCAGUAACACCUUCUGGUGAAACAUGGAGAGGCCGCUGGCAAAAAAAUGAUGUUAUAGCAAAGAUACUCGCUGUAAGGCAAUGUACAUCCCGAAUUUCACGAGAUUUCAAUGAAGAAUUCCCAAAAUUACGAAUUUUCUCCCAUCCAAAUAUUUUACCUAUUAUUGGAGCUUGCAAUAGUCCACCAAAUCUUAUUGUGAUUAGUCAGUACAUGCCCAGAGGUUCUCUGUUUAACCUGUUACAUGCUGACACGGGCGUAGUUGUGGACACAUCACAAUCAGUGCGUUUUGCAUUGGAUAUAGCACGUGGUAUGGCCUACUUACACUCAUUGGAACGCAUCAUACCCACAUAUCACUUGAAUAGUCAUCACGUUAUGAUUGAUGAAGACUUGACAGCUCGUGUAAAUAUGGGUGAUGCGAAAUUUUCAUUCCAAGAAAAGGGUCGCAUAUAUCAGCCAGCCUGGAUGUCACCUGAAACAUUACAACGUAAGCAGAGUGAUCGCAAUUGGGAAGCUUGUGAUAUGUGGAGUUUUGCUGUUCUACUUUGGGAACUCACAACACGUGAAAUACCUUUUGCCGAAUGGUCGCCCAUGGAGUGCGGAAUGAAAAUAGCACUCGAGGGAUUGCGUGUGAAAAUUCCACCGGGCACAUCGUCACACAUGUCGAAACUGAUAACAAUUUGUAUGAAUGAAGAUCCCGGCAAACGACCAAAGUUUGACAUGGUACAACCAAUUUUAGAGAAAAUGAAACGCUAAAGCAUAAAUGAUGUGAGCAAAAAGUGCCUUAACUAACAUCUAACGAUGUGCCCAACAAACAUAAUGCCAACUAAUAUUUAAGUCAAUGUAUUUUAUUAGUUUAUGUAUACUAUUUGAUAUAACGUACCAGAUGCCAAGCCAAGCUAAGUGCCUUCACAGUCGUUCUACGAUCAAAUUAUUCUUACAAAGUCCGUACAUUUUUGAUUUUAAUAUAAUUAACGUAAAUAUUUGUAUUGUUACUGCGAGUGUUUAAUGUUUUAAUGUUAUUUAUGUUUAGAUUUUAAGCGGUGCUCGAUUUUAUGACUUAACAUAUAUAAUUAUAUAAUUUUCAUAUAACUCAAUAAUGCAACUAACACUCAUCAUAUGUAAGAUUCGAGCAGCGAUGUACUCGACAUAAGGUGUAGUGUUUGUAGUGUUUGUAUCCACCCAAUGUGUGGACUAUAUAUAUUCGUUAUUUUUAUCGAAUUAUCCAGAAAUUUUAUACUAAUAAAACAAAUAAUGUUA